AUGGCACGGCUUUCCUUCGCCCCUGUUCUAUUCACCUUAUGUCUUACCAUCCUCACCGCUUCAUUCUUUUUCCAUUUUGCCGUUGUCAGCCCUGGUAUCAAUGUGCCUUUGAUUCCAGGCAGGAGGGUUCUGCAUGAGCAGGGUCCGCUUGCUGGACCCGGGGAUGGCGAGUACAUUCUCGGGGUGGGAAAGGCGGAUAUUACAGGGCCGGUUGUCGAGAUCAAUUUGAUGGGUUAUGCCGAUACCGAUCAAUCCGGAAGUGGCCUUCGACAGCGACUUUAUACCCGAGCCUUUGUUGUCGGGAGCCUGCAAAGGACAGCCUCUCGUAUCGUCUACCUUGUCCUCGAUACCCAGUCCGGUGAUACCGCAGUCCGUCAUGGAAUACUGGAAGAACUCAAGAAGUUGGGGCCUGAGUACGACCUGUAUAAUAAGGACAAUAUUGCUGUCACAGGCACGCAUAGUCACAGCGGUCCAGGUGCCUGGCUAAACUACCUCUUACCACAAAUCACGAGUAAGGGGUUUGACAAGAAGAGCUACGAGGCAAUCGUCAGUGGCUCUGUACUUGCGAUUCAACGAGCACAUGCCAGUCUCGUUCCAGGUCAUCUGAGUCUGGGUACGCAAAAGAUCGCGGAUGCCAACAUCAAUCGGAGCCCUUAUGCCUAUCUGAAAAAUAAUGAGCAGGAGCGGGGUCAAUAUGCAGAAGAUGUCGACAAGACAAUGACUGUGCUGAAAUUUGAAAGAGCAUCUGACGGCCUGCCAAUGGGCAUCUUGUCUUGGUUCCCAGUUCAUGGCACUUCGCUAUAUCAAAACAACACCCUGAUCACAGGUGAUAACAAGGGGGUAGCGGCAUAUCUCCUCGAGGAAUAUAUGAGAAAAAAGAAUCCUGAAUUCGUUGCUGGUUUCUCCCAAGCCAAUGUUGGAGACACGUCUCCCAACACCUUCGGUGCCUUCUGUGCUGACACAGGCAUGCAAUGUUCUUUCAACGACAGUACUUGUGGCGGUCGAACUCAACCAUGCCACGGCCGCGGACCCAUGUUUAGACAUCUAGACCAGGGGACAAAAUCCUGCUUCGAUAUAGGCAGUCGUCAAAUGGCUGCCGCCAGGGACAUCUUACAUAGUGACAAUCUGGAACGGAUCUCGGCAUCCACGGUAUCCUUCUUCCACACCUAUGCGAAUUUUUCGUCAUUCUCCUUCACUUCGCCUUUCAAUCAAUCACGAAAACUCAAGACCUGCUCCGCUGCACUGGGUCACGGCUUUGCAGGGGGUACGACCGACGGUCCUGGUGCAUUCGAUUUCUCUCAGGGCACCAACGAUACAGGCGAUUCACCGUCACUCAAGAACCCCCUUUGGAGGUUUGCCCGUAAUUUCCUGCACGAGCCGACUGACGAGCAAAUCGCCUGCCAAAGCCCGAAGCCCAUACUUUUAGAUGUCGGACACGCAAAUAGCCCGUAUGCAUGGACUCCGAACAUUGUCGAUAUCCAACUAUUGCGGAUUGGUCGUCUCGUCAUGAUUAUAUCUCCAGGCGAGGCCACCACUAUGUCCGGACGACGCUGGCAGAAUGCUCUGGCGGAGGCCGCUCCUUCUGUACUAGCCAUUGAUGAGCCGCAUGUGGUUCUCGGCGGCCCUGCAAAUACCUAUGCACAUUACAUUGCGACCGAGGAAGAAUACGGUGUGCAGAGGUAUGAGGGUGCGAGCACACUGUAUGGCCCACAUACCUUGGAAGCCUACAUCAACCUCACCCUGACUUACCUGCCCUACUUGGGCUCCGAGAAGGAGACGUCACAUCUACGUCGGCUUCCACCUGGGCCAAGUCCUCCGAUCAAUGUCAAUGCCUCACUUUCAUUCAUUAAUCCGGUGAUAAUUGAUCGUGCUGGGUUCCUGCGGAAAUUCGGAGCCACCCUUUCCUCACCAGAUCCUGCCGAACGAUUUGCCCCCGGCUCGAUUGUCAAAGCACGAUUCGUGGGUGCGAAUCCACGAAACAAUUAUCGCCCUGAAGGGACAUUCGCUGCUGUGGAGAAAUUCGACCACCUGACUGGGCAAUGGAUCCAGGUGCGGUCUGACCGCGAUUGGUUUCUCGUGUAUAAAUGGGAACGCAAGAACACAGCACUUGCGACCAGCGAGGUCAGCAUUGAGUGGGAGAUAGAACCGGGAACAGAAUCGGGAAUGUAUCGAUUGAAGUAUUACGGAGAUGCGAAGGCUCUCGGCGGGAAAAUCUCUGCAAUUGAGGGAACCAGCGGUAUCUUCAAUGUCGCUGGCGACGCUGAUGGAACGACAUUUUGGGAUGAACUUAUUCGAUUUUGA